UGCUAAUAGUUCAUGCAUAUUCAGGACAGGAACAAAUCUGGCAUAUCUUUCGGCAAAGCAACAUAUGAUCAACGGAUUCAAAAUAUAACACGUUUCGAUACCUUAGGGUUUUUUGCAUUAAGUAACAAUUAUUCAUUAUAACUGUUGCCUUUCAGCAGUUUCUAAACCAUUAUAAAUAAAAUCCAAUUCUGUUCUUCACCAGACGGACAUUUUUAACUGUCAGACAUCAUAAUGAAGUACUCUGUAAUUGUCUGUAUUGUUUUAGUAGUAAUAAGUUUUCACGAAUCUUUACAAUGCAGGUGUGAUUGGGGAUUCUUCGAACUCGAAGGCAAAAACAUUCAUAACUCAAUCUGCCAUAACAGACAAUAUAUAUUGUUUAGGGCAGAUAAAAAAUCAGGAGUACCAGGACUUAGUAGUUAUAACGAGAUUGAUGGAAAAGUUCGUUUUACUGUUACCUUACUAAAAAUGUAUACGAACGGUCAUGAAGACAAUUUUGCAGGUGGAAGAACUGUGUUUUUGGAUGCUCCUAUGGCUAGUUCAAUGUGUUCAUAUAUUGAUUUUAAGAUAAGCAAGAAAUACUAUUUAAAUGUUUUCGGUGCAACCAAGGAUUCUAAAACCUUUGAACUUAAUGGGUGCCAUUAUUCAUCAAGUGUGGCUAAGAUAUCGGAUGUGGAACGUCGUAUUAUUACAGGAGAGUUGGAUUGUCCGGCACAGGAAAUGGUGAUGUCAUAAUUUACAUUAAACUUCAAUCAAUAAAAUUUCAUA